GCAGCCUCAUUUCAUUUCAAUGGCAACAACUAUUUUCUCUCUCUAAAAAAACCACACACACUACACAGACUGAAAACAACCUUGGUCUCAUCGAAUCAUCAUCAAAACAGAAACAUGGCUGCAUCAAUUUCGGGAUUAUGUUCUCAAAACUUAAUCCCAAAACCACACUUCCAAUCAUCAUCAUCAUCAACAUCAUCAAAACAGUUUGUCGAAACCUUAAAAGUCAACAACAACAAACUCAACUACAAUCUAUUCACAACACAUUCAGUGGCGCGUGAUGCACCAACAAGUCUAUCAUCACCGGCUAUCACCGGUGAAAAAUCGACAAAAAAACAUCAGUUAGAAACAGACCCAAAAGCAUUAUGGGAAAGAUACACAGAAUGGUUGUAUCAACAUAAAGAAUUGGGAUUGUAUUUGGAUGUGAGUCGAAUCGGGUUUAGUGAUGAGUUUGUUAAGGAAAUGGAGCCUAAAUUUGUGAAAGCUUUUAAAGAUAUGGAGGAAUUGGAAAAAGGGGCGAUUUCGAAUCCGGAUGAAGGAAGAAUGGUGGGACAUUAUUGGCUUAGGAAUCCUAAAUUGUCUCCUAAUAGUUUUUUAAGGUUGCAGAUUGAGAAUACCCUUGAAGCCAUUUAUUCGUUUUCGGACGAUAUCAUUGCUGGCAAGAUAAAGCCGCCUUCUUCUCCAAAUGACCGAUUCACACAAAUACUCUCAGUCGGGAUUGGAGGCUCAGCUCUUGGACCACAGUUUGUUGCAGAGGCUUUAGCACCCGAUAAUCCUCCUCUCAAGAUAAGGUUCAUCGACAAUACAGACCCAGCAGGAAUUGACCACCAAAUCGCUCAACUCGGCCCGGAGUUAGCAUCUACUCUUGUAAUAGUAGUUUCAAAGAGUGGAGGCACUCCAGAGACCAGGAACGGUUUGUUGGAAGUACAGAAGGCAUUUCGUGACGCUGGACUGAACUUUGCAAAACAGGGUGUUGCGAUUACACAAGAGAAUUCACUACUAGACAACACUGCAAGGAUCGAAGGGUGGUUAGCUAGAUUUCCAAUGUUCGAUUGGGUUGGUGGAAGAACUUCUGAAAUGUCUGCUGUCGGUCUACUAGCUGCAGCACUUCAGGGUAUCGACAUCAAAGAAAUGCUGACAGGUGCAUCACUAAUGGAUGAGGCGAACAGGACUCCUGUGGUCAAGAACAACCCUGCAGCAUUGCUGGCGUUAUGCUGGUAUUGGGCUUCUGAUGGUGUAGGAUCAAAGGAUAUGGUGGUACUUCCUUACAAGGACAGUCUUUUGUUAUUUAGCAGAUACUUGCAACAGUUGGUCAUGGAGUCUCUUGGGAAGGAGUUUGACCUUGAUGGCAAUAGGGUAAAUCAAGGACUUACCGUCUACGGAAAUAAAGGGAGUACGGAUCAGCAUGCGUACAUUCAGCAACUAAGAGAAGGUGUACACAAUUUCUUUGCAACAUUCAUUGAAGUACUACGUGAUCGACCCCCUGGUCAUGAUUGGGAGCUUGAACCAGGGGUCACUUGCGGUGACUACUUGUUUGGAAUGUUACAGGGAACAAGGUCAGCACUCUAUGCAAAUGGGAGGGAGUCUGUUACAGUGACCGUGCAAGAAGUGACACCUCGGUCAGUUGGGGCUCUAAUUGCUCUUUAUGAACGAGCAGUUGGUAUUUAUGCAUCACUUGUGAAUGUCAACGCUUACCAUCAACCUGGAGUUGAAGCUGGAAAGAAAGCAGCAGGAGAAGUCUUAGCUCUACAGAAACGGGUUCUUUCCGUUCUCAAUGAAGCCAGUUGUAAGGACCCUGUGGAACCAUUGUCGAUCGAAGAUGUAGCGGAGCGUUGCCAUGCGCCUGACGAUAUUGAAAUGAUCUACAAGAUUAUUGCACACAUGGCUGCCAAUGAUCGAGCUAUUAUUGCUGAAGGUGAUUGUGGUUCACCUCGAAGCGUCAAAGUUUUCCUUGGGGAGUGUAAUGUUGAGGCGAUGUACUGAUAAACGUGUUCUUGGGUGCAUGUGUAACGGCCAAUAUGACAUACUUCUUCAUUUCCCUCCUUUAGUUAAAUUCAAAGAUAUAAUUGUUACCUUAAUAAAAGAAAAAAAUGUUCUUUCAAAUAUGAGGAAUAACACAACUAUAUUUUUCGCUUGUUAUUAGGAUUUGAUAACCUGUUUGACUCGUGUGUCUUGUUUGUUUUAAUGGAAAAACGGGGAGAAGUAAAUUGCUAUUUUGAUUUAA